AAAAAAAAAAAAAAAAUUAAUGUUUCGAAAAGCAAAGAAGCUUUCACAACGUCUUGGACUCAAAAAGGAAAAUUGUACAAAUCAAGAGAGAAAAAGAGGAGAGAAUCUACCGUCUAUAUUGAAAUCAGAAAAUAGCAGUAUGACUGGAAGCACAACAGCUAGUUUGGAAUCCAUGAGUUCUCAAAGCACAACGAACGAAAGUACAGAGAUCAAAUUGACAAGACCAAACCUAUCAAAGUCAUAUACGACUCCUACCUGUCCACCGACCGAACGAAAGGAGCGUCGAUCGAUUGCUGCAGAUACAAAUGAUCUUGAGCUGUUACUGUCAAUGGAAACACAGGCUAGAUUAGACGCAUUAGCGGAACGAGAAAAGCAAAAAAAGCAAGACGACGCAGUGCCAUUCAGUCGUCCUACGACCAUCAAGUUUGAACUCCCUGUCACACCACCUCGUUCUAGAUCACCUAACCAACGGUUGACUUACCCAAGAGCACGACCCACGCGAUCUCUUCCCGAGGAAGGACUGACGGCAAACGCAAAACGAAAAAAGAGAUCAAGUUGGCGGUAUCUGUUUGGAGAUCGAAGUGAUGAUGAUGAAGAAGUGACACCUUAUGUGACCAUGGAUGCUCGUGUGAGACUGAAGCUAAGACCUUUACCGACUUUUGGAUAUGUUAGAUUCAUCGGCGGCGUUGAAUUUGGAAAAGGAGAAUGGGUUGGAGUGGAAUUAGACCACGGUGUUGGCAAUUGCGAUGGUAGCGUGAAUGGACACAGAUACUUUACGACAGAUCCUCGUCGUGGUAUCUUUUGUAAACGUCAUGAUCUGGAAGCAGUGGCAGAAUAAUGGCUUAUUCUCUUCAUAAUCCCAUAUACCCCCUUUUUUUGUCUUAUAUUAUAGUAAUAGUUGUAACAAUAGUAAUAGUAAUAAUAAUAAUGUAAUAAUCACCUUGACUUUGAUCACAAACAUAUUUAUUAAAAUGAAUAAAACCCUUUAUAUGUGUACAG